GGACAAGCAUCCAAACCCAACACAAGUUGAAAUAAGGAGAAAAGAAUAAAAAAGACAUUUUCAUUUUUUAGUCUUCGUAGACCAAUGGCUAUUGUGAUAUCUGCAUCGUCAGCCUCAUAUUUUUUUUCUGGAUCCACCGAAGUGUUUGGAAUGUCUCUUAUUGCAUUCGUGUUGAGCAGUUCGUUAUAUGCUGAUACAUGGGAUGAUACGAUAAUAGAUUCGAGUACAAUACAUAUAAGUGUAGUCAAAACAAUAGAGACGGUAAAGAUCUUUGUAUAUCUCGAUUCUAAAAUUCGUUGUUUCUAUUAUGUGUGUUAGAUGCAACAUAUAUUUUUCAAAAUGCAGCAUACCGAUAGACUUGUUAGUCUUUCUAUGAAAUGUUUAUGCUCAGGAUUAGAUGCCAUUAUUGUUU